GAAAAGCGAGACCAGACCAGCUGCCAAGCAGCGCCCCGUCCUCCUGCUUGCAGUAUGGCAUCCCACACGGCUGAUGCUGACGCCAAGUCAGACCCUGACUCUCAGAAGCUGCUCAACGUCCUGCCUGUGUCCCUGCGACUUCGCACGCGGCCCUGGUGGUUCCCAAUUCAGGAAGUCAGCAAUCCUCUGGUGCUCUACAUGGAAGCCUGGGUGGCAGAAAGGGUCAUAGGCACAGACCAAGCAGAAAUCUCAGAAAUAGAGUGGAUGUGCCAAGCCCUGCUGACAGUGGACUCAGUCAACUCUGGGAACCUAGUUGAAAUCACCAUCUUUGGACAACCCCGUGCACAGACGCGAAUGAAAAAUAUUCUCUUGAAUAUGGCGGCCUGGCACAAAGGAAACGAAGUCCAAAGAGCUGCGAAGGUGAAAGAAGUUGAAGAGUUCUUGAAAAUUCGUGCCUCCUCAAUCCUAAGCAAGUUUAGUAAGAAAGGGCUAAAACUGGCUGGCUUUCCGCUUCCGCCGGAGGGAAGAGAAACACCGAUGGAGUCUUAAAUCACUACACGUAUUUUCUUACCUGCCUUCACGAGCACCUCCUGUUUAUUUUUCUUUGCAAAUAGCAAUUUGUAGAACUAUUCCAAUAUAAAAAAAAAUUUUUUUUUUGGUA